AUGUCUGGAUACACGCAAAGUGAAAAUGUAAACCGUGGCUCCGAGACAAUGGUUGAUCGUUAUUGCAACUCUUUAAAUAUUCUUAAAGAAAAGGUUAUGAGUCUAUUAGAACAAUAUCAUUCAAUCAUCAUGCAGAAAAUGGAAUGUGAUUUAGGAAACUUACUCUCCUACGAUGCUGAUGGAUUUCAAAGUCAUUUGGCAGAUGUCUUUUCUCAGAUGAAUGAUGUUGAAGUCCAUCUAAACAACUUGGAAGCUUGGGCUGGCCUUCCUCCUGAAUGCUUCACUUCAGCUAGUUUGAACUAUGGUAUCCCAGAUCCGGAUCAAGUAUCUCAUGAAGCCCAAACCCUAGUUGAGGCUAUCCGACAUUUACAAGCUGAAUUGCGUGCUAUGACUACAAAAAGUCAGACAAACAGCGCACUCGUCACAGGGAAUGUGCCAUUAGUUCCUCCAGCUGAGAAAAGUGAUAAUAACCAGGAUCGCACUACAUCUUCAAUUCUGAAUACAGUUGCAAAACAAAGUCCUCUUCCAUUAACGGCUAUAAAAUCUGAGAUUACUCCUUAUUCUAUCCAGUCUAAUCCAUGUAUAUCACCAUCUGCUGGUGAUCCAAAUCAAGGAUAUGUAGAUACAUUGCCACAAAUACCAUCUUUUCCAUCGAAUGAAGAAGGACGUAGUUGCCAUCACACCAGCAGUAGACCAUACAGUUCCAAUACUAAUACAGCUACCCGUUCACCUAAUAUCGAUAGACGUCAACAAUCUACUAUUUCGACUGACGUUUACCGCGUGACAUCUGGACACCAUUCUUCAUUUCCUUCACCUAUCCCACCACAACAAUAUGUUUCUGGUCAAUACAAUCAGGUCCCUCCUAGUUCUGUUGAAACCGUAUCUUCAAAUCGUAUGGCUUCUGAAACGUAUUCGCAAUACACAUCCCCAGGGUCUUUAACACGAACAACUGAACAGUACACACCAAGACCUCACUAA